CCAUGCUAGGCAUAGCCACCAAAAUUCAACCUACAACUAUCGCUUUUCAGGUUGUGUUAUCUAUUUUGGAUAUUUUGAGGAUGAAAAUAUAUAAAAGCGUAUAUAUAUCUUUUCUAUCUGAAGGAAAAAGUAGCAGUUACCUUCUUUUUAAAUCACCUAUGGAUAACUUUGCGCCAGAAAAACUCACUUGUAUGCACAUAAAGUAAACAGGUAUAAUUUAAUAUCCGUGCGGUGUUUAUUUAUUCAUGCGACCAUCUGCGUUCCUUCUUAUUUCGCCAAAUUUACUUUAAUCUAUAUCUUCUGUCGAUUUUUUGCAGAACUAAGCUGACAUUUCACAAUUUCGAUAAAGAGUGGAAGGAAUAACCCUUGAGAAAAAGCACUUCAACCUUGACCGAUCAAAUAUGAGUGGAAAGCAGAGAGACGCGAUUAAGAACAUGACUCGUGAGCAACUUGAGGAGAUGAGGGAGGCAUUCCUAGUGUUUGACAAAGACGGAGACGGAGUUAUAACCACUAGUGAACUAGAUGUGGUUAUGAAGUCACUCGGCCAGACUUUGUCCCAAGCAGAGCUACGAGACCUCAUUAACCAAAUCGACACAGAUGGCAACGGUAUCAUUGACUUUGGUGAGUUUGUGAAUCUGAUGACGAUGAAGAUGGACGACACAGUGACAGAGGAAGAGUUGCGGGAUGCAUUCCGAGUGUUUGACUGCGACGGCAACGGCUACAUCACACCCGACGAACUCAAGUACAUAAUGUCGAGUAUGGGUGAGAGAUUGAAUGAGCAUGAGUUGGACGAAGUGCUACGCGCAGCUGAUCAGGACUCAGAUGGGCGAAUAAACUUCGAGGAGUUCGUACGAAUGAUUUGCAUCUGAAGAACUUAUUAACGGGUUUAAUUUUGAUAGAGGGUUCCCUACAAAAACUAGUUAUGAAAAAAAUAAGGUCCAGUGUCAGACUAGUUAUAAGCAAGAGCAGCAAUUUACUAAAUAAGAGAAACAGCUCGGUCGUUUCCCAGGGAUUUUUCUCAAUUUUUAUCUAAUCUAAGCAGAUUACCCAAACUUAUUGAUGUUACAUCGUCGCUAUAAACUUGAAAACUGAAGCAGUUUUUUGGGACCCCUCUGUCAAAAUUGUAUCCAGUUAUGACAGCAAAAAAAAACAGAAAUCAGUUGACCAAAAUGAAAUCACUUCAACAGACUAGACUGACGAAACUAAUGCUAACGUACUGCGAUUCUUGGUUUAUUAGAAGACUUAUUCAUACCAAAUGUAACUUAAUAAAACACACAACAAGACUAGUAACUCUGCAAGUAGUAUAGAAUGUUUCGACUUAAAUGAAUGUUUCGAAUUAAAAAUCUGAAAAAACAGGAACAAAAGAAAAAUUCAUUUUUGUUUCAAAA